AUGCGCAAUAAGAGAAAGCGUUUUGAUGAGUGCGAAGAUAUCAAGGAAGAAUUAAGCGAAAUUCGUAAACAAAUGUCACAAAUGAUGUCGAUGCUCACAAAUUUGAGCAUUAGUCAGCAAGAAUUUAAUAAUAAAAUGAAUAAUGAUGUCUCAGAUAUUAAAGAACAGAUGACUAAUAUAAAAACUAAUAUUCAGAAUCUCACAAUAGAGCAAAACACAAUAAAAUCUGAUAUCCUAAAUAUAAAGUCUAAUAAUAAUAUUACCAAUAAGAACGUUGAAGCAUUGCAGUCUGAAGAACCAGCGAACUACGAGUUCUCCUACAAAGUGAGCGACUACGAGAGCGGAAGUGACUUUGGCCACGCGGAAAACCGGCAGGACGAUAAAGCAGAAGGGACGUACUCUGUCGUACUUCCUGAUGGAACCAAACAGGUGGUAGAGUACGAGGCUGGUGAAGAUGGAUUCAAGCCAAGGAUCUCGGUAAUACCAGCCGACACCAGCUGCAUCUAG